CGAGCCCCAGCUCCCCGAGGGUGAAGCCAGCGGGCCCGCGAACUGGACUGGUUGCUCAGACCUGGGGUUUCGGACUCAUCCCCGCCUGCUCCGCCGCCUCCGCCACCAUCUGGGCGGGAUCCGGCUCUGGUGUUUUGAGGAGGGGGUGUGUGCAGGGAAAGAAAUCCUGGGGAUUUCUGCCCGUUCUCCCCUUUAUUUUGGCCUUCCGGGCUUCAGACUCAGGGAACUCGCUCAUGGCUUUCUUGAUGAAGAAGAAGAAAUUCAAAUUCCAAACCACUUUCACUCUGGAGGAGCUGACUGCGGUCCCCUUCGUGAACGGGGUCCUCUUCUGCAAGGUCCGGCUGCUGGAUGGCGGGGAUUUUGUCAGCUUGUCGUCCAGGGAGGAGGUGCAGGAGAACUGUGUGCGAUGGCAGAAGAAGUUCACCUUCGUGUGUAAGAUGAGCGCCAACCCGGCCACGGGCCUGCUGGACCCCUGUAUCUUCCGCGUGUCUGUGCGUAAGGAGCUGAAAGGUGGGAAGACUUAUUCCAAGCUGGGCUUUGCUGACCUGAACCUGGCUGAGUUCGCUGGCUCAGGCUCCACGGUACGCUGCUGCCUGCUGGAGGGAUAUGACACGAAGAACACCCGCCAGGACAACUCCAUCCUCAAGGUCACCAUUGGUAUGUUUCUGCUCUCUGGAGACCCCUGCUUCAAGACGCCACCGUCCACUGCCAAGUCCAUCUCCAUCCCGGGCCAGGAUUCCUCCCUGCAGCUGACGUGUAAGGGGGGCGGGACCAGCAGCAGUGGCAACAGCAGCACCAACUCCCUCACGGGAUCCCGGCCCCACAAGGCCAGGCCUACCAUCCUCAGCUCAGGGCUGCCAGAGGAGCCAGACCAGAACCUGUCGAGCCCCGAGGAGGUGUUCCAUUCCGGCCACUCCCGCAACUCCAGCUAUGCCAGCCAGCAGUCCAGGAUCUCUGGCUACAGCACAGAGCACUCACGCUCCUCCAGCCUGUCGGACUUGACACACCGCCGUAACACAUCCACCAGCAGCAGCGCCUCUGGUGGCCUCAGCAUGACCGUGGAGGGCCCCGAGGGUAGCGAGCGGGAGCACCGGCUCACGGAGAAGCCUCCACGGCCGCCCAGGCCCCUGCACCUGUCAGACCGCUCAUUUCGGCGGAAGAAGGACUCAAUGGAGAGCCACCCGACCUGGGUGGAUGACACGCGGAUCGAUGCGGAUGACAUCGUGGAGAAGAUUGUGCAGAGCCAGGACUUCACAGAUGGCAGCAGCGCUGAGGACAGCAACCUCCGGCUGUUCGUGAGCCGUGACGGUUCCACCACGCUGAGUGGCAUCCAGCUGGCCAACAGGGUCUCCUCUGGGGUCUACGAGCCAGUCGUGAUUGAAAGCCAUUGAGGAGCAGGUGUCCGGGCUGGAGAAGGGCACUGCGUUCUUGAGCAUCCAUCCAGAACCGCAUCAUUCCACAAGGAACCUUCCCCUUCGGAUUUCCAUCCGUGCCGCAUCUCAUCCAUGCCUCCUCCAUGCACUCCAGGCCAUACCUGUCCCCAAAGCAUCAUUCCACUGUCCUUCCAUCUGUGCUGGGACCCUCCUGGCCCGCCAGGCCCAGGCACCACUGUGAAUAUUUUCCUCUGAACCACUACUAGGCAGGACAGCCGGGCCCAUGUGGUAGGUGGGAAAGACAGAGCCGGCCAGGACUGCACCUGCUGGAGACUGACCUGGCCCCCUGGGGCAAGGACAUGCAGCAGCUCCUAGAAAUGUGGGGAUGCUUAUAUCCAAGGGGCUUGUCCCCCUGUGUCACCACUCACUCCAGGAGCACAGGCUUUGGUCAUGCCCUGGCAAGGCCUUGGUCCAUUGUCCCCUUGCCCUCGGGGGGCCAGACCACCCCCAGAGUCCUGCCACCUGUGACACUCUGACUGCCUAGUGCUUCAGUUGUCCUUUGCCUGUGUUCUGGGGGACCUGCUGGCAGCCUCCUCCUGGAGCCAAGACCUCAGACCCCAUCCACAUUCCAGAUCAGACCCCCACCUCCCUCAGCGAAUGUUCUCCUGCUGCCCUGGCAGCCUGCAUUUUGCACAUGCUUGUUCCCAGCACAGUCCCCACUGGCCCCUCACCUCCCCCCACCAACCUCUUCCCAAGGACUCCUGGAUGCUGCCUGCUGUGCAGUCAGAGGCCCAGGGUCUAGCAGCCCGGCUGGAACGUGGUGCUGCUUCUCCUCCCUCUGCUUAGCUCCAGCUCAGGCCCAGGCUCUGUGCUGAGAAAGGUCUGAGUGCCAGUGGUGCCCUCUGCCCAGGGCUGGGUCCUGAGCAGCUGGUUUUCCUACAGGAAGGUUGGGGGUCAGGCAGGGCUAGGCUGGGCAGGGCAAACAAAGCCCCCUUCUCUGCCCUCAGAUCAGCUGGCCCAGGCUGGGGCUGAUACUGGAGAGGUGGGUGGACUGUGACUUACCAGCCCGAGCUGGCUUCCUGGCCGGAAAAGCCCAACCCUCUUCUGGAAGCACCCCGCCUUCUGGGCAGGGGAGAGGUGGGGUCCUCUAAGGGGUGUGCUUUCCCAGCGGGGAGCAGUCUGGUCCUGCACCCCACCCCUGCCCCUCACUAAAGCCCCUACUCUGAGCACUUUCCCCCCGGUUCUUGUUACUUGCUUGAAGGUGGGUUCUGGCCACCAGCCAGUCCCUGGACAAACUCCUCUGCCCUUUUAAAUUUUACUCAUUUUGUGUAAACACAGCAGGCUGGCGUUUACUUACCUAUUCUCUUUUCUUUCUUUCCUCCCUC